UCCUCUCAGGCCCGCCUCUUCUGCCUGCCCGUCUAUUCUGGUGCCACCUUCUUCGGGUCGACCCCGGCAGGCCCCGCCCCUUCCGGGCCGCCCUAGGCCUCACCUCUUCCUGGCCCGCUCCUUCCGCCUCUCCCCCGGCCUUUUUAAGCCCCGCCUACCCGGCGGAGCUCUUCCGGGGCCUUGCGCCCUUUGCGAGGGGUCUCCUUUUUGGACUCGCCUCUUCCGCUCCCGCUUGCGCAAGGCCCCUCAUCUUUUCUGGACUCCCAUGUCAGGCCCCGCCCCUCCUAGUCCGGGCUCUUUCCAGGCCUCGCCUCCCGCCCGCCACGCGACGGAUUGUGGGAGCGCUUCGAGGGCGCAUCCGUAGAGGACGCGGUGCUGGGUCAUGGGGUUCCAGCCGAGCCCAGGCCUGCUGGCCUCCCUGGGGGCGGGGCUGCUGACACUACUAGGCCUGGCUCUGGGCACCUACUUGGUUCGGAGGUCCCGCCGGCCACGGGUCACUCUCCUGGACCCCAAUGAAAAGUACCUGCUGCGACUGAUAGACAAGACGUUGGGAUGUCCUGGUGACACACUGUCAUCCAUCCUCCAGACUGUGAGCCACAACACCAAGAGGUUCCGAUUUGCCCUGCCCACCGCCCACCACACUCUGGGGCUGCCUGUGGGCAAGCAUGUCUACCUCUCUGCCCGAAUGGAUGGCAGCCUGGUCAUCAGGCCGUACACUCCUGUCACUAGUGAUGAAGACCAGGGCUAUGUGGAUCUUGUCAUCAAGGUCUACAUGAAGGGUGUGCACCCCAAAUUUCCUGAGGGAGGGAAGAUGUCUCAGUACCUGAACAGCCUGAAGAUUGGGGAUGUGGUGGAAUUUCGAGGGCCAAGUGGGUUGCUCACUUACACGGGGAAAGGGAAUUUUAGCAUUCAGCCCAACAAAAAGUCUCCUCCAGAGCCCCGAGUGGUGAAGAAACUGGGCAUGAUCGCUGGCGGGACAGGAAUCACCCCAAUGCUUCAACUGAUCCGGGCCAUCCUGAAAGACCCCAAAGAUCCAACCCAGUGCUGUUUGCUUUUUGCCAACCAGACUGAAAGGGACAUAAUCUUACGGGAGGACUUGGAGGAGCUGCAAGCCCGACAUCCCAGUCGCUUUAGGCUCUGGUUCACUUUGGAUCAUCCCCCAGAAGAUUGGGCCUACAGCAAGGGCUUUGUGACUGCAGACAUGAUCCAGGAGCACCUGCCUGCCCCGGGGGACGAUGUGCUGCUGUUGCUCUGUGGGCCUCCCCCAAUGGUGCAACUGGCCUGCCACCCCAACCUGGACAAACUGGGCUACUCACAAAAGAUGCGAUUCACCUACUGAUUGUCCCCUGGGUUCCCUGGUCCUGUUUCUGACAGUUAUCCCGGUCAUUACUCAAAUGCUAUAAGCUCUAGAUUGCUUUCCUAGCAGGAUCACCCUUUUGUCCUACUCUGGAGCUAAAAUAUGAUGGUACCUACAGGAACAGCAUCUUUGUAGCUCAGGAAGGUCACCCCCUCCCCCCCAAAUCUCCCUGGGACAAAAGGUCAGGCCAUGGAGUAAGUAGUCUCUUCCAUGGUUCAGAAAGAAGGAAGCAUGUACACUUGCUCCAAGACUAGCUAGUUCCUGGGUAACAUCACACUUCUUUGUGAUGAAAAGAACAAUGUAUGUAAUGGGUUUUACUUACUACUCGGUGCUUAACUCGUAGCAGAUUCUGUGUGUGAGUGCAAGUUGAGCAGACUUCUAGAGCUAGUCUUACAGAGAUUGCAGGACAGGAGGAAGUGGUUUCUGCUGACCUCAGAGAGGAAUCUGAAAUAUGUAUUUGCAUCUGUGUCUCUCUCUGCCCUGCCCAGGCUGGAGGGAAAUGGCUACCCACAGUCUGAGGCUGCCGCUUGUGGCAGGAACCUCUGGCUAUGCAAAUAAAUGGGGCUAAGGCCCCAGUGUUAUACCUAAAGGGCUGUUGUGUCUGGGGUCCUUGUUUCCAAGGCUUUUCACACCUGAGAAUUUUGGGAGGAAGGGUUUCCCAGCACAGAAUUUCUUCCAGGUCUUCCAAAGAACCUUUGAACAGUU